AUGAAACUGACAUUGCUGUUUACAGUAAGCUUUGCAGUUUAUACGGCAAAAGCAGUACCUGCAUUGCAAAAUGUUAAAAAUUAUCCACGAUUCAUCGAAUUUCCUGGCGGAGAUGGUGUAAUGCAUACAGUCGAUUUAGAAGCAAAGCCUGAUAUGGAACUACUCAAUGAAAUCAAUAGAAACCCUGACAAUAACUUGUAUUUACUUUACACUAGGCGAAAUCCAACAUCUGCACAAACGCUAGUUAUAAACAACGCCAACUCCGUCACAUCCUCAAAUUUCAAUGCUCAAGUGCCUACAGUUGUUAUAGCUCAUGGUUGGCUUGGCAGCCAGUACAAUAGUAUAAAUCCAACAAUUCGAGACGCCUAUUUAGGAAAAGGCGAUUACAAUGUCAUCGUUCUGGAUUGGAGGCGCCUUGCGCUGUCAGAUUACGUAACAGCUGCAUACGGAGUACCUGCUGUUGGCCGUGGCCUUGGACAGUUUUUAGCUUUCCUUAAUCUGGUGACCGGUGCACCCUUUAGUUCAAUGCAUUUGGUCGGUUUUAGUUUGGGUGCUCAUCUAGUUGGUAACGCAGGCAGGGAGCUUGGUGGGAGAGUAGCUCGAGUUACUGGUCUGGACCCUGCCGGUCCUUUAUGGAAUUAUAACUACCAACGCCUGCGAGAUACUGACGGUGUUUACGUUGAAGCUAUUCACACUGACGGAGGAACUAUGGGGUUGGGUAUUGGCUCAGCUGUUGCCAAUGCAGAUUUCUUCCCCAAUGGAGGAGACUCUCAACCUGGUUGUUUGACAAGUUUAUGCAACCAUGAACGCGCUUGGGAACUAUUUGCCGCUACUGUUACAUACAACCAUCUCACUGGGCGUCAGUGCUCCAACACGUUGCAAAUUUCACUGAACACUUGUAGAGGAGAUCCAUUAAAUAUGGGUAAUGAUAUUUUAACGAAGACUGGAUCUGGAUUGUAUCGCUUGGACACUGGAAGAAGAUACCCAUUCUAA